AGAAAAAUUUUUUCAUCAUAUCGUUAAUUAUUUAAAAAAAAAUAAACUGUAAGAAAAAUAAAAAUGUUUUCGUGUUGUACAUGUAAAACUUCCAAAAAGGAAAAAAAAGAUGAAGAUGACAGUAGUGAAGAAAGUAAUGAUAAAGAUGUAGACUCGUCUAAUGAUGUAGAGCCAAUUAAAACACAAAUACAGUCCCCUUUAAAGAAUGUGAAAGCUGAUGAUACGAGUAUAAAGACUCCAAUCCCUGAGGAAUCAUCAGUAGUUGAUAGAAGUUUGACAAGUAGUGAAGUUGAUUUGGUGGAUAUAAGUCACAAAAAAAUGACUAUUAAUGAAGAGAAAACUGAUACUGACGUGAGAGAAAAUGAUGAGGACAGUCUUAGUGUUGAACGAGUAGAAAUCGCGAUGCCUGAAAGGAUCAAUGAAACAAUUGAAGAGGAACAUAUUUAUGCUGAAGUGAAAAAGAGACAAGUGCCGACAAUAAAUGAACCUGAUAAUGAUGUUGAAAAUUCCAGUGUUAAAUCACAAGAAGCAUCUGCUAUGAAUAAUAAUCAAAAAAUUAGUGAAGAUAAACAUAAUUAUGCAGUAGGAAAAAUAGAAAUAACUAUUACAGAAGAUACUGAAGAUAAUCAGGAUAAAGAUGAUGAAGAUAUAAUUGGCAAAGAUCAGACAGAAGCUAAAGACGAGAUGAAAAUCGAUUCUCAGCAAGAAGGAUUAGUGAAAAAUGAAGAUAGUAAUGAAGAAAAUUUGGAAAAUAGCAAAACUAAUGAUUUUUCAUCAAAAGAAAUUAUUACAAUAGAAGAAAAUAAUGAAAAUUCUUUACUAAUGGAGAAAGGUAAAAAAGAAGUAGUAGUUGAUAAAGAAAUUAAGAACGAUUAUGAUAAUGAAAAUCAAGAAAAAAAUGAAAUUCCAGAAAUAAGUGAAAAAGUUGAAAUUGAAUUAUCUAAGUUAAGUAAGAAAGAAAAUAAUGAAUUUGAAGAAAAUAUUUAUGAAGUAAUAAGAGAGGAUGAUAGCCAUUUAAACGUAGCAGAAGAAAAUAAUAUAAACGACACCUCAGUAGACAUGACAGAAAAAAGUCAAGAGGAUUGUCAAAGGAAUUUAGAAAUGUCUGAAACAGCAGAAAAUGAAGAAAAUGAUGCAAAGAACGUUGACUCAAGCGAAGUGAAGUGUCACAAUGAGCAAAUGUACUUUGAAGGAAAUAAAGAUGAAGAAGUUGCUAAAAUUACCAAAGAACUUCAUCAAGAAAAUGAGGAAAAAGAGGAAGAAAAUGAAGAUGAAGAGUCAAGCCCUACGAUUUCAGCUAAUACCAUAGAAGAUGCUAAGAUUUCUGCCAUUCCUUUUGAACCAGGAGUAAUAGGUCCUCCGAAAAUUGGGCUCUUUGAAGCUCCAGCUUAUAUUGAACGAACAAUUGUUGAUAAUCUUGAUGAUGAUGGUGAUGAUUCUGUUUUUGAACGAUCUUCUGGUACAGAUGAUCCACCGAGUACUGAUGUCAAUCAUGAAAUUAGCAAAGAUAAUAAACAAGAUUUUGAAUUAAAUAUUAAUCAAAAUAAGAUUCAGGAUGUUAAUAGAGAGAAUGACAUUCUGGAGAUAGUGCAAAAUAUGAGUCAACAUAUUCAGAAUAUUCCAGAGCAACCUAUAUAUGAGAAUAUUAGUCAAUUAAUAAAUAUUAAAAAGUUCGAAGAAAGUGAGUGUGAUUCUAUGAUACCUGAAAGACGAGAAAAGCCAUUACCACGAUGGCUCUCUGAAGAAGAUGAUAAAGAUUAUCUUGAAGGUGGUAGUGGCAUGCAAGAGCCGCCAGCUACACCAGUAGCCAAAGAUGAAUUGGCUUUGAGAAGACACCGAUUUUUCUCAGACUUGCUUCAUGUUGCCAAGAACUCUACUGAACAUAGAGUGAGAUUUGACCCUCUCGGACCUAUGAUUCAUCCUGGUUGUGACAACGACCGAGAAGAGCAACUGGAACAACUGGUGACUCGUUUAGAAAACGUAACAAAAAGACUUGAGAGUGUUCCAACGAAAUUAUUUGCAGAAACUCAAGAGGUUGCGGUUCAGACUUUGAUUUCAUCGUCAAAGAAAAGUGAAGAAGAGAUUCAAAACGUAAUAAUAAAUCCAGAAAUUCAACAAAGCUCACCCAAAAAAGUAUCAUUUGAAAACGAAUCAAAAACUGGUUUAGGAGAAUCCAUCAUGUCAGUAGCAGGGUAUGAAGAUUUAAUUGCUGGACCAGUUGCUGAGUAUUUACAACUCAGUUUAAAAAUUGGCGGAGAUGUUGCUGCUCAUAGUGAACUUGUGGAAAAAGCAUUCCAAAUCCAAAGAGAAUUCAUAAAAACAGCAACAAGUCGUCCAUCUCCAUCAAAUCAAUCAGAACAAGUCGCACUUCUUGGUCCUACUUCAUCACAAAUUCAACUGAUCCAAGAGUUUCGAGAAAAAAAUCGAGGCUCAACAUUUUUCAACCACUUAUCAGCUAUCAGUGAAAGUAUUCCCGCCUUAGGAUGGGUUGCCGUCUCACCCACCCCUGCACCUUAUGUCAAAGAAAUGAGUGAUGCUGGACAAUUUUAUACCAAUCGAGUUCUCAAGGACUGGAAAGAAAAGGAUAAAACACAUGUUGAGUGGUGCAAAGCUUGGGUUCAAACAUUAGCAGAGCUUCAGAAGUACGUUCGUCAGCAUCAUACAACAGGCUUAGUCUGGGCAAAGGGCGGUUCUGCUCCAAUUCCACCUCCACCAGGUGGAAUGCCACCACCUCCUCCUUGUAUGCCUGUUGGAGAUGUCUCUGGACCUAUUGGCGAUGACAGAAGUGCACUUUUUGCUCAAAUCAAUCAAGGAGAAAAUAUUACAAAAUCUCUAAAAAAAGUUACAUCUGAUAUGCAAACUCAUAAAAAUCCAUCGUUGAGAACUGGACCGGCACCAUUCAAAGCUCCAGUGGUCAGCAAUUCAAAUUCGCCAAUGAAAACAGUCGCACCCGCUAGUGCACCUAUUGAUAAGCCUCCUGUCUUUACUCGCGAUGGGAAAAAAUGGCUGGUGGAGUAUCAUAAAGGCAAUAAAGAUUUACUAGUUGAAAAUGCAGAGAUGAACAAUGUCGUCUACAUGUACCGUUGUCAAGACUGCACUCUCGUUAUAAAAGGAAAAGUCAACUCAGUUGUCAUGGACUCUUGUCGUAAGUCAUCGAUAGUUUUUGAUUCAUUGGUUUCCAGCAUCGAGUUUGUUAAUUGCCAGAGUGUGCAGAUGCAGGUGCUUGGAAAAGUGCCAACAAUUUCUAUUGAUAAGACUGAUGGGUGUCAGAUGUAUCUGAGCCCUGAGUCUCUACAAGUCGAGCUCAUCACGAGUAAAUCUAGUGAAAUGAACGUCAUGGUGCCCAAAGGGAAUGGAGAUUAUACGGAAUAUCCAGUGCCAGAGCAGUUUAAAACAUUGGUCAGCCCCAAAGGAUUAUCAACAACAGCCGUAGAUUCACUCGGAUAAAUUGUUUAACAAUUUAUCUCAAUUGAUUAGGCAUAAAAAAUGGAGUAAAAUUAAAAUAAAAUUACGAAAAUUUGAAUAACUCGAAGGCAUAAUUGUGCAAUGAGUAUUGUAAAUUUUUUUCAUUCACGUCAGUGGUAAAAACAUAACUAAUCAAAAUUGAUUGUAAAAAAAAUCAAGAAUAAUGAGAAAUUAUUUGAAACAAUAGAGUCUCUCUCUCUCAGUGAAUGAUUGUUUCUAUUUAUUAUCGUAUUAAUUCUUAAGAAAUUUCUUGUAUAAUCAAGCGUGAUUAUAAACAUUCGAUAAAAUUAAAUUAACUUUUAAAAGUUAAUUAAUCAUCAAUGAGCUAAUUAAUAAAUUAAUGCUGAUACUUAUAUGUGUCUACAUAUAAUUUGAAUAAAUUAAUUUUGGCUUGAAUAAAAGUUUAUACGUCUACUUUUUGCUGGAACUUUUAUACAUUUUCACCGUUUCGUAUUUUAAUAGAACUUUUAUUCAAGCCCACGGAAUUGAAAAAUGAAGCUUAAAAAAUUUUAGUUGUUAAUAAAAAAUGAUGAUUGGAGUAAUUAAAAUUAAAUUAAUAGCAAUGUGUGCAAGAAAGAUGAUGAGUAUAUGUACUACAAUAUAUUCUGAAGUGAUAAAAAAAUGAAAACAAUACAAAAAUUGAAAAUAUUCUUUAUUAUUUGUAAAAGAAUUUUUAAUACUUUUAAUAUUUAUAUAUUUUUUUCCAAAAUCGUCAUUAUUUCGUAUUUUAAAAGAAAUUUUCAAAAUUUUAUUCUAGAAAUAUAGAUAAAAAAAAUAUUUUCAAUCACAUUGUUUUUUUCAAAAAAUGUUUGUAUUAUCAUUACCAAAAUUGUUUUAUUUUUUUUUUACUUCAGAAUAAGCAAGAAAUUCACUAAUUAAAUGAUGAUCAAUAACCAAAACUUAUAUGUCACCAAUGGAUUUGAAUUUGUAUGCGACAAGAGAAAAGGUGUACCGUGGCAUAUAUUAUGUGAUUAUGUGAUGUUUAAUUGAUCAAUUCAAUGCUAAUCAUAUAAAUAAUAAGACUAAUAAUUUAUUAUUAAUUUUAUUUUCAUUUUUAUAAUUUUUUUUAAAUUUAUUAUUAUUCUAAAUAUUAACAAUCUCGUAGCCUAAGUCGAGUGGCGUUUGCAUCGAUAAUUCAAUAACCCAUGAGAGUUGUGCUUGUUAAAGAGGGAAAAAUACGAUUUUUCAUUGAAGUUUAGUUUCAUAACUCAUCGCUCAUUUUAUGAGACCUUUUUUCUUGGUUGUUUUUUAAAAGUAUUGUUUUUUCUUAAUAUUUAUAAACGGGGAUUAAUGCUUGAAAAUAAAAUGGUAAUGGAUUUUUAAGACUCAUAUAAUGUUCAAUUGAUUGAACGAGAGUUGUCUUUAGGUAAAUUAAAAAUAUAUUGUAUUUAUUUGUUACUGGCUAUAAUUAAAUGUAAUUAAAAUUU